AGAAGAGAUUUUUUUGGUGCAUCUUUAGGUCAAUUUAGGAGGAAACUGAAUAACACAUAGAUUAAAAAAAAAACAAAGAAGAAGAAAGAGAGGACAACAAACGCUUGGUGAGAAAGAGAGACGCAGCGAUGUGGGGACGGGCAGAUAGACGGAAAGAUAUACAGAGAGCUGGAGGUGGGGGGCAGAGAGAUAAAGAUAGCUAAAAGGAGGGAGAUCCGUCAGCGUUGUUUCCUCAGGAUGUGGUUAUCACGACGACGCAAAGGCAGUAGAGGCAACAUCACUACCCGCUGGUCCUCUUUGACACCUGCAACAAUGUGUGUUCUAGCACAACCAAGCACACUAUCACCAUGGAGGGUCGCUCGUCCUCGCAGUCCUUCUCCAACCUCCAGCAUCAUUGCCACCGUCCGACCUCUUUCCCCUUGACCUUAUCCGGCUUUCAGAGCCCUGAUGCCGGGUACCUGUCCACACACUCCGCCCAGGACUCCCACGACCAGUACAGAGGCAGAGAGGAGCAGUCCGCGGCCUCCUUCCUGACAUCAAACACCUCGUCUGGGGUGAGGAGGGCGAGCAGCGACAGUGACAGAGUCUUCCUCACCACCAGCGGGAGUAGCUUGGAUGGAGAUGCCGGUUUGGGAGGAAACUUUGAUGGCGAAAACAGACAUGGCGGUCAUUUUGACGACUCAUGGUACGGCAAAAAGGGGAUCUGGGACGAUGGGGAGAGAGAAAGUGCUGCGGAUGACUUCCACAGCAACACGAAUGAUGUGUUUUGCACUCCUGAGGAGGGAGACAGGUGGAGAAUCAGGUCAAACUACAACAGUUAUGGACAAGGUGAAGCCGUUUGUAGCAGGGAGUUUGGCGCGAGCCACUUCGGUAAGCAAACUAUAUCCUACAACAGGACGGAGUCAAAGCUGAGCGACCGCUACGGAGGAGGAGAGGAAGAUUACGGGUCCAGCUGCGGUUCGGGAGAGGAUCAGCUUCAGCCGGCGGAAACUGAAGGGUCGUGGCACACCGUGUCACCAACAGGGGAGGCAGAGGUCGGCGGUCCGGCGGAGCGGAGGUGGAGAGGAGUGGCAGACGCCCACAGCUUGGGCUCGGGAUCACCUGUGGCCAUCAACACUCAGAAACUGGACUCUUUCUCUGACGCGUUCCUCCCCCAAAGAAGGAGACGAUUCCAAAUGCCUCCUGAAAGGGAUUCUGGACAAAUCUGGGAGAAUGAACUGGAAUCAGUAAAGUUGAGGCAUAGCUGCGCUUUCGACCAAGACACCUAUCUUCACCCCUCCUCCUCCUCUUUGUCGUCUUCUUUCCCCUCCCCACCCUCGUCGUCUCACCUCAUGUCUUCAGUUUUGAGUCCUCCACCCACGCCCCUGCCUCCUCCCUCCCAGUCGCCCUCCAAAGCAGACUCUCCAAGCGCACAGGGAGGGGCAGGACAUGUGGUCACCCAGGGCGGAGAAUCCCUGGGCGGACUUCAGUUUUUCCCACCUCGCAUUCAGCCUGCCGGGAUGAUCUGGAAGUUCCCCCUGCUGUCGCAUUGCUUCUCGCAGGUGGCAGCUGACCAAAGCGACUCCAAGUGUGGCCUGAGGUCCUCUCAAGGUGACCAGGCUGGGAACGCUACAGCCACUUGUGACGUUCUCCAGUCUCCUGAACCGUCAUCCCUCACUUCUUCAACCCAUCGCUCAUCCCUCCAUGCCACCAGUCCGUCCUCAAACGCUCCUUUCUCUCUUCCGUUUCACCCGUUCUCCGGGAAGCAUCACGAAACCACGGAAAAUGCAUCUCCUUACAAAGCGACCCAGAAAAUAAAGACUGAACCAGUCGGUCUGGACCAACAGCAUCCCCAGGAACAAGCUGUACGCGUCUACACUGGGAGGCCGUUUCCAAGUAUCCUUCGCUCCAAAAGGGCUCAGAAUCGGAGCCGCUACACUCCUCGGCCUCUGCUCAAUCCUUCCCGCAGGGCUGCAGGCCUCUUCUCGACCCUUUCAUCUGUUCACCGCAGCGGGGAAGAAACAGCAUGGGCCGAGGAGGAGGAGGAGAUAUGUGGGUUACCAUAUGUCAACGUGGGUCCGGACUUCCAAGCCGAUGUUCCUCCUUGCGUCGGGGACGGUGAGUGUUCGGCUUCCUGGAUCUCGGAGGAAGACUCCCCUGGAGAGCAGCUGGUGUGGAAACCCUGGGACGAGCUGCAGGAGAGCGCGAGAGUUCAGUGCCACGUGGAGAAGCUGCUGUCUAUGUGCAGUUCCAGCUGCCUGCCAGGAGGGGGCAGUAACACGGAGCUAGCGCUGCACUGUCUCUACUACUGCAAGGGGAACACAAUGGCCGCGUUGGAGAUGCUGCUGUUUUCACAGCCCUCACCAGUAGCAGACUACCACUACUCAGGCUGUGAUUUCUGGACAGAUGCUGAGAAGAAUCUCUUCCACACGGCUUUAGGGACGUAUGGAAAAGACUUUCCACUCAUUGAGAAGACGGUGAGGACAAAAACGGUGUCCCAGUGCGUGGAGUUUUACUACCUGACCAAAAAGCUGGUGGACAAACAGAAGAAACAAAAAGAGGAGGAGAUCAGAGAGGCACAGGAGGAGCUGCAGAAAUGCAUGACGCCCAUCUCCCAGCCACUGGAGAGGCCGUUUGCUCUGGAAGAGGCGGUUCCUGUUCCUUCACUGGCCAGCUUCUUCCCCUGCAAGCUGUGUGGCAAAAUGUUCUAUAAAAUCAAAUCCAGGAACGCUCACAUGAAGAUCCACCGGCAGCCUCAGGAGGACUGGACCGACAGGCGGCUGCAGCACCAGCUCCUCACACAGCGUCUCGCCCUCAGCCGCCCCGCCAGCCUCGUGCCCAGCCCAGGAAGUAGCCUGCUCCCACCCCAGGCCUCUCCAGCCAUGGCGUUUUCCACCCAGGCCCUCGCCGCAAACGGCAGCGGCAACCCUGACGGCGUCCACAGCGUCAUGACCAACAGCGGCGCCGUCAAUCCCAACCAGCUCCUGGAUCCCUGCUCAGGUGUGACUUUUAGCAACAUCACUCCUACAAACUCCCAUCUGAUCGCCAUGAACAGUAUCGACGCGUGCGAUUCGAGCCGAAAAGACCCGAGCGCAGCUUUCCACCAGCCGUGGAGCUCUUUUGGACUCCUUCUUCCAGACAUGUCUUCUUUUUAUUGCCUCCCAGACGGGAAGGAGGAGGUGGGAGCCGGGCCGGUGGAGGGGAAGGAGGCGAUCAGCUGGCAGUAGCAUUACCACCAAUACUCUGAUUAUCUGUCAAUCUUAGUGCUUAAUUCAAACUCAUUUUUUAUUCAAAACUUUUCUUGUACUUAAAACAAACAAA